ACGGUGCUCGUCGAUACUCCGUUGUGCAGCCUCGGGCUUUAAUAUGGUGGUUCAUUGCUACGCUGUAGAAACAACAGUUUUCAGUACGGGCGGGGUUAGUGCACUGUAAUUGAUGAAUUGUGAAAGAAGGAGCCGCGUUGCCCCCAGACCGUGCGUUGCAGAAGUGACCUCAAGCAGCCGAAGGGAAUGAAGCAAUAGAAAUUCACUUGGUAGCGAAGCGGAAGAGAAAAAAAAAAGGCAAAUGUCAAAGUGAGGCAACCAAAGUAUCAAAUUUUGUACGAUUGGCUUUGCUUUGCGAUAGCACACGGACAAGUGCGUCGUUCGACACGCAAGUGAUACGCAAAAAGGUUAGAUUCUAUGCUGAAUCUUCCUCCGCUGCAUUCAUCUGAACGAGGCGCAACUUCUUCCUUCGGAGGCAGCAAUCCUCUUUGUUCCCUCGUUACACAGGGCGGGCGGGGUGUGUAACUGUCGUCGUAAAACGCAUCAAUUGUGAACUCGACUCGGUUAAAAAGCACUGAUACGUCCAACCUACGGCCCACAGCAGCUAAGCGCACGUACGGUGCAGCCGGAAGCAACAAUGGAUAGUGAAUCGGAGAAGCAACCCCUCUUGAAGCAAUCACAGCAACAGCAACAAUCGCAAGAUUCAGGAUCAGUGCAACCAAUUGUCAAUGCAUCCCCAAUUGGACCCGAUGAGGUGCCACCGUCGUAUCAGCAGGAGCAGCAAAAUAGUAUUAUCGUAACGUGCCGCGUCUGCCAGGCACUGAUCGACAUCUCCUGGAAAAAGGAACAGCAUGUCGUCAAGUGUUUGCAGUGCAACGAAGCAACGCCUAUUCGAAAUGCACCUGCUGGAAAGAAGUACGUGCGGUGCCCGUGCAACUGCUUGCUCAUCUGCAAGAGCUCGUCUCAGCGGGUUGCCUGCCCGCGGCCCAACUGCAAACGCAUCAUCAACUUGGCACCGAGCCCGGUAACGCCACCGUUGCUACCAAUGCCCGGUAUGUGCCGAGUGACGUGCGGCCAUUGCCAUGAUACGUUUUUGUUCGACACGUUGAAGAACAAUCUGGCAAGAUGUCCACACUGUCGCAAGGUGUCUUCGGUUGGGGCUGAUUUUUGUCGUAAGCGUCGUAAUUUACUCUUCCUGGGAGGAAUCAUCUUUUUGGCGAUCGGUAUCGGUGUUACAUUUGCUACCUACACCUAUGUAAGGGAUUACAGUGGAAUUUUUGUGGCAUACAUAAGCUUGUAUCUCAUCUCGCUACUACUGUUUGCAAAAACCCUCUACUACUGCUCGCUGAAGAUUAGUAACAUUGAUGGGCCCUUUACAAACGUGGCGUCAUAAAGAAAAUUUCAAACGAAAACACAUUCCUAAAACCGCAGACCGAGUUGAGGGGGCGAUUAUAGAUGCAAGGCAUGCAAGUGAUAACGGUAGACAAACCGAUGUGGAUCAAGCAUGAAAGGAUGGAAAGACAUUUUCAACGUAAAGUGGAGCAGAAGCGAGAACGAAACAGAAGUACGCAAUAGUAAACCGGGGGCGUGGGGCAAAGAAACGAGUAUGGAAAAUCGAAUAGUUCACGUCACACAUCCUAGUGAGUAAAAGUAAAAAUGCAAACGAUUAAUCAAAAUUAUUCAGCCUAGCAUAUGGCGAUCGGUCGAUGAAAUCUCGUCAACCGUUCUCCUCGGACUGUCAGCACUAAAGUAAAACAAUCUAGCAAAUUAGGUUCAACGAGGCAAAAAGUGAACAAACUGUACACCGCUUGUUGGGUUUCUUCUACUUCUAAAACGGAGCUUUGUGUAUGAAUUAAAUGCAAAUUGUGCUUUAUGUUACUGCUUGUGUAAUAGGCUAUUAUCCUGUAAUGUGCCGUUUUUUUUACAUUUCUACAGUUUUGAUUUUUUAAAUUAUCGCACUUAGUAUAUCAUGUUCUAACAACAAUUAUUGUAUAAAAUGAGUUAAUACACUAAAGCGGCAUAUGGAAUGCUUCUUUACACUUCGUACCCUAUGGAAAACGUAUUGUUGACCGGGCAAUCCGCCUAACGGACAAGGCAGUAGUAAAGGAGUCAGCAUGGUACGCUGGAACGUGCACGAAAAGCGCAGAAGGAGUGAAGCGCAGCAUACUAGGUUAAGGAUCUCUUUAGAUGAAAGAACACUGGCGAGGGAAUGCAAA